AGUUCCUCAGGUUUCAUGUCAGUAUUUAUCGGCCACUUUUGGCGACUCGUCAAGAGAUUUGUGUGCCUUAGAAAUCAGUCAGAAUAUCCUCCUGCAUUCAAUAACUUUGAACCUCCUCAAUGUUCAGAAUGCACAAACUCAGGCUACAGUGGUCGCCCAGUUCCGCGACUAUCACGCCGAAAAGUUCUCAGGGCAGGGAGAUCCCCGCGUAGUUGACGAGUGGAUUCAGGGUCUGGAGUUUAUCUUCGAG